CCCCUUCACAUGAUAGCCCAUGAUAACUGGACAGGAGGGGAGCAAUGGGGACAGGCAUACCAAACCGUGAACGCUAACAAGUGGUCAAACCCUCGAUGACGACGGUUUACUUACAAGUUGAAACCAGGAUAGUGAAUCAAUCUAUAUAAACCCCCAUUCCUCCUCAGUCCAGUUCAUUCCCUCUCCUCAUCAUCAUACACAACCUCAACUGAUCAUCAACCUCAGCAUUUACCAACUUAAGUUUUUUACGAUAAUAAUCAAAUCAAUACACAAUGGAUUCCAUCAAGAACACUGUCAACCAAGCUACUGAGAAGGUCCAGGAGGGUCUCUCUGGCACCAGCAAGGAGGCUAACAAGGAGGUUGCAAAGGAUUCAAACGCAGGCAUUGGCACUCGUGCUUCCGCGGCCAAAGAUGCUGCGUCCGACAAGAUGGACGAGACGAAACACUCUGCUAAGUCCGAGGGUUACUCUGCUCAAAAGUGAGCAAUGUUGAGAGGAACGAAGGUGGCAAUGCCUCACGAUGUUAGCAUAUGUGCAAGAUUUAGUCAUAUUAUAGCUUAAAGAGAUAUUAUACUAUAAUCUAAGAUCGUUUCUACGUGUUAUCAUUCA